AUGGAAAGUACAUUUCAACAUUUCUCUUGAAGAAGCAGCCAGUCCAGAGACUUACACGCAGACAGAGACACGAUGACCGAGUUCAAACGGAUUAUAAUAUCUCCACUUCUUAUUCUGCUGCUCCAGUUUACAGGGGCUGCAACCGGACAGCGUUUCCUAUUCCUCUCUGUAAGAGAUGGAGAUGAAGUCACUUUGCCCUGUAACAAUGUGAUUCAGGAUCAGGAUGAGUGUGACGGUACUACCUGGCUCUCUACAGGAAGCAGAGUAGAGCUGGUUAGACAUGGACAGAUUGGUAACCGUGCUCAUUCAGACAGACUGAGAGUCACAGAGACAUGUUCUCUGGUUAUAAAGAAGGUCACAAAGGAGGAUGCUGGUCGUUACUUCUGCACACAGAUCAGAUCAGGAGAACAACAAGGUCCAGACUCUCUGGUUGAUCUGUCUGUUGUUACCAUGACUGAGCAUCAGCACAAUGAUGAGGUGACGUUACACUGCUCUGUGAAGAGUGAACGGUGUAGAGUCUCAGUGAAGUGGCUGUAUCAGGGUCCAGAUGUGGAUAAAGCUAACAGAGGGAUGAGGACAUCAGAGUCUCUCUGUUAUGCUUCUGUGACAUUUCCGACCUCUCAUUAUGGUUACACAUCAAGGUCUAAUUUAUUUAGAUGUGCAGUAACAGCUGGUGGCAACGUGCAGACCUUCAGCCUUCAGUCCUCAGGUGAGGACACAAAAGCAGCAACAACGGAGAGCAACAUCAGAUCAGGUUUCACUACGACAGCUUCUGGAAUCACUGACGAUCCAGCAAAACUACAAGGUCUCUUGAGGCCCAUCAUCGUGUCUGUGGCUUUAGCAGCUCUCAUCAUCAGCGUGGUUACAGUCAGCAUAUGGACAAGAGCUGCAGACUGUAGAUAUAGAAGAAGACAGGAAUAAACAGAACAAGUGAAGAGGAUGCAAAUAUUAGAUACACAUGGAAAUAUAAUGCAGUUCAUUACAACACAGACACAAACUACAGCCUCCAAAGAGACCACAGAUCAGAAUCAACACCUCUGUGACACUGUCAGUAAAACCUGAACAUGAUGAGGUCGGGUUUAAAGGACUGAUUCACUCAAUUACAUCAUAAUGUCCUGGAUGCUCUUACUUUACCUAAAGUGGCUUCAAGUCACAUGUGUGUGAUUUGUUGACAUGUGGGGUUCCUCAAUGCUCCAUCCUUGGGCCUCUUCUGUUUAACUGCUGCAAUAUUUCUUAACGCUCUAAAUAUGCUUCAUUUUUGAAAAGUCUAUUUGAGUUGCCUUGUGUUGAAAUGAACUUGCCUUGUCUUCCCAAAGCAAUGCUGAUAGUUUUGAAGUAACGUCCCUGUUACUUUGAAUAAUGUGCAGAGUAAAAUCUAGUCCAAUGCAAACUGUCCUGAAGUCAGUCAGAUGAAAUCAGAUCAGACGGGAACUGAUGAUGCGUUCAGGGUCUGCUGACUCAACUGUGAACUGUGUUUACUUAAAAUCCUUUGUAACCAAGUCAGAGUGUGUGUUGUUUUCCACAGGUGCGUUAUGAUGCAGAUGACGGUACAGUGGACUAUGAAAACCUCAGAUCUCCUGAUGGAGUUUGAUCAACACUUCUGCCUCCAUCAGACUCCACUGAUCAACAACGUCUACGUCUGUCAUCACGUUUCACAUCAGGAGUGGAAGAUUUUACUCUUGUUCUGAAUUAUAUAUUAUUUCAUUUAAGUCUGGAUUCAUUAAGCCACUGGAUUUCCCUGUAAAGAGCUUUUAACCCCUUGUUUACUUCCUUAUAUUGUCUCCCAGCUGAAGGUUUCAGA